GCUGUCAAUCCUCAUGUGGGCCAAAACGGUGUCGCAUCUCAACCAAACCGCUGUUUGGGGAAAAAAAUGCUAAGGAUGCUCAUGAUUACUCGUCAGUUUUGCUUUUAGAAGAAACGAUAAGGAGAUUUAACGUCACUGAACAGACGACAAAGAAAUGCUGUGUGUGGGACACUCCAGCGACUGCUUCCAGGCCAUGCGUUCCCUGCAGGACUUGAAGUCGAGGAGCAGGCCGAGGCCGUUGAGCGAGCCGUGCGUUCGCUCCUCCUUCGCCGUGACGCGCCUCUGCAAGCAGCGGACCCGGCAGCAGGAGCGGCUGUCCGGUCAACGCGUGUCCGAGGCCAGCGAGGCCAGUACUUACGACUCGGCGUGCUGUCUGGCCAACCCUCUAGAAGAAGAAGAAGAAGAAGACACGGAGGAAGACCACGAGCGAUUAGCUCAAGGCUCCCCCAGCAGCGUGGACUUUGACUCCGGGUACUCGGAGGCGUCCUGGCAGGACGAAGGAGUGGUUCUGAGACGGACAAGAAACGUCAGGGUGUCCUCCUCCGCUUGCCUCCGCACAAACACGGGACCUUCAGGUCGGGUUCGACCGAAAUCCACUUCGGAUGCUUGCUUGGAGCGCUGGACUUCCUUUGAAGCCAGCGAGCCGGAGGACUGGACCACGUCUUUACUGAGCCGCAGCAGGAACAGACAGCCUCUGGUUCUGGGGGACAACAGCUUUGCGGACCUCAUCAAGAACUGGAUGGACCUCCCGGAGUGUCCGGAGCAAGCGGAACUAAAGCCCAAUUCCGGGCGACGUCUGGCGAAAGACAUUUUAGUCAACAUGAGGCGGAGACUAGCAGGGAUGUCCAAAGGCGUGGAAACGAGGCAGAGAACAUCAGAGUCUGCCACGGACGGACGGACCGCGGAGACCCCCAAACGCAUGUCUUGCCCUGUGGGACUCCAAAGUGUCAAACCUUUCUUCCACCAGUCCCACACGGGCCUUCAUGCACUCGACUCAGACUUCCACCACUUCAGCGCCCUCAUGAAGACGGGCAGUCGACAGCCCAUAAUAUGCAACGACAUUAUUGGCUAUAUCUGACCGUUUAAGGAUUCACCUUUUGUACCAAUGCAGCAAAGACAAUCUUUUUUUUUUUUACCCUAAAUGUCAAUAAAACAC